AUGUUUGCUGUGAUGGCCCAUGGCCCACCGCGGGACAGAGAUAACGAAGACAUCGCUAUGGGGCGGAAGAUGGGUGCUAAAUGGUGCAGCAUGGCGAAAGUGUGCAACCAUGAUCGUGUACCAAUCUGCGGCGUCAGCCAUGCUGGUGACGUCAUGGGGUUCCGUGACCUUUGCGAUAUGUUCGAUUACAACUGUAUUAGACGAAGAAAUUACAAGCAAACGGGAUGUCCAGAGGAUAAAUCCAUACUCACAGUUUCUCGUAGGCCGACCAACAGUUAUUACGAUGACUAA